CAGCGAUGUUCAGAUGUUGUCAUCAUUUAAAAAUAAAUUCAUUCUUCAUUCGAACGAAAAUGUUUCUGUAAAUUGUUGGGUAAUUGCUCCGUUAAUUAAGUUUAAAAAAUACCUCCCAUAUUUACUAAUGAAUUCAAGUCUUCGUUGAUAUUUUCACACUAAUAUUGGUACUUCUAAUCUAAACAUCUCGUGGCAGGCUCCACAGAAACAGUGUUUCAAAGUUAAGAAGUGUCCAAAGUUUAAGAAGUUAUCUCACCGAAAAACAUCUAUUCAAUUACUGGCUGUCUAGCAUUAUUUUGAAUGAUAAUCUCUCUAUCUUCCUAUGAGUCAUUUUAAUGAUUUUCCAAUCGAGUUGAAUUUAUUAAUAUCUUCGCAUAUACCGAAUCAAGAAUAGAAAAUGACCGAACCCACGUCCAAAGUGUUCGAUCUAACUUAUACGAGUCCUGUAACACUGAAAGAAAUUGCAGCCAUCGCGUUGGUUGUAGAAUUAUGGCGUGGAGAAAUCGCACGUACCGAAAUUAAAACUCCGAAUGAAUUAGAUUUAGCAGAAGAUAUUCCACUGAAAGAAAUAAUCCCCGCUGUCCCAUCGGUGAUUUACGAUUUACUGGACAAAUACCUCGCCAAGUUCAGACUAUCAAUUGCUCAAUGGAUAGCGUAUCAUUCCAUCCACGUAUUUAAUUUUCAUUACAAAAGUUACACCGAGGCGUUGAUCAAUUUCCAUGAUUUUGUAUGGGACUGGAAUGGUGCUAUUCAUUACGUUCGAACGGCCAAACGUAUGAUGCUGUGUGAUCGACUCACUGAAGAUGAGAAAUUCAAGAUCGCUUGUUUGUAUUGCUUUGAAGAUGACAUCAAACGGAUUUGGCCAUCUGUCAGCUCGGAAAUAGAUUCGAUUCAAAUCAAUUUUGAUCGCGACCCACUGCUGUACUACUGGAUUUGCUAUCUUAGAAACGAACUACACAAUGUACCCAAUGCUAGUGAUCAACCAAUCGAUGAGGUAAUGCUUGUUGAAUGCGGGUAUCAUAAUUAUCCAUCUGCUGAGUAUUUUUGGAAUAGAAUACCCUACGAAAGGCAGUCUCAAGCAGCCAUCGAUUUAUCUAUGAACGGUUCUGAUUUAUUUGCUAGGUUCAUUUUACCGAAAUUAGACGAUUUCCAGCUUGAAAAAUUUCUCGCUGAAAGAGGCGUUGAUUUCAUGGCUUCUUUGUUGAUUCAUAACUGGGAAAAAAUUCACGCUCUUCCUACUUGGAUGUACAUUAGAAACAAAAUGAACAAAAGUCAUUUCAUCCGAUUAGUCGAGAAACUGCUGGAAGAAGAGACUAACCAGUUUGUCGCCAAGGAACGGCUGAAUCCCGAAGAUGAAGUUUAUUUAUGGUGCGAAGUAUGGAAAAAUGCUCCCCAGAAUUUGAAACGAUUCGCAUUGAAUGAUGUAUUAUCGAAUGAAGAAUUAUUCAACCGAACGAGUAAAAUGCCAUCUGAACCUAGAGAAAUGAGAUUCUUAAUCACAGUUUUGUUAGAUGCGAGUUACGAACAAAGGCAUAAAUUUUGGUACGAUAAUUGGCGUAAUUUGAUCUCCGGUGCUCGUGUCGAUGAUCUACUUGGAGUAAUGAGGUUAUGUUUCCAAAACGAAAACGACGUGAGCUUAUUUAAACAGCAAUAUAUGUCUAAAUACGAAAAUAUCGGUCCGUAUUGCGUCGAGUUGCUAGAAGGCGGAUGUUUCAAGGAAUUGAGCGAAUUUUUGUCUUUUUGUUAUUCGGAUCAGAAUAAAGUGAAAGAGUUAAAACAGCAACUGUUGAGGUCAAAUUUUCUCGGCGAAGAUUCUAUUUUGCGUUUCGGUAUUUUCUGUUUUCAUACUAAACCGUUGAACGAGUUCGUUGAAGAUGCUUUCGAAGACGUUGGUCUUCGUACUGAAUUCAAAAAUCAAUUCGUUUCAUCGCCUGUAACCGAAGACUACUUAUUUGAUUGCAUUCGUUUAGGCUACUUCGGUUGUGUGAUACAAUUCGUUGAAAUAUUUGUACCCGAUGAACGAGCUGUUAAUGUUUUGAAGCAACGUUUACUGGCUAAUUUCAGAGAACGUCUGGUUUCUGGCGUUAUUUGGCAAAUGAAAGGGGAUAAUUUACAAAAAUUUCUCGUCUGGUUGUUGGGUAGUGAAGAUGCGAUAGGUGAUUUCAAACAGUCGUUAUCAGUAAAUGAAAUAUUUUGUAAUGUGGUACAGUUUGAGUUGCACCGUGGGGAUGAAUAUGAUUAUGAAGAUGACGAAGACGUACCAAUGGAAUACCCUGAUAGGUUGGAUGAUUUUUUGAAGUGGUAUUUUAGUAAUGAUGCUGAAGAGGUUCGAAAAAUUAAAGAACGAUACUCCGAUAAGUUGAAGGUGUUUAGUCAGCGAGAAUAAUAGUAUUGUUUUUUGAAAUUUUUUUGUUGGCGGGUUACCAAAUCAGAAAUUACAUAAAUGUGAUCUUUUAAGAAAGACUGCGGCAUUUAAAAAUUUUGUACUAUUCAUAUUCAGUACCAUACCUCGUCUACCUACUAAAUUAUUUAUUGUUUUUAUCUAGUUUUAAUGAUGAUUUUAUUACUGAUUGUAUUUUAUUAUUUGUAUUAAACUCGUUGAGUUAUUCAAA